UUUCGUGCGUGGAAGAUUGAGUUGAACCGUUUUUUUUACUUGUAUAACAGUGGCCUAUACCGUGAAAAAUGGACCAGACAGAUCUUUACUGGUUCACCUUCAUCCUCGUGAUGUUGGUGGGCUUCUUCACCUACAAACUGCUUACCCGUCAUCUGGCCUACUUUCGUCGGUUGGGCAUCGUGCACGAAAAGCCUCACCUGCUGUACGGUAACCUUAGCGACGUGCUCAGCGGUAAGCUGACGACGGUAGAGAAGAUCCAGGAACUUUCCGAGAAGUUUGCCCAAUCCGACAUUUUCGGAUUCUACAGCUACAUGUCACCGGCGAUCUACGUGCGCGAUCCGACCAUCAUCAAGCGUGUCCUGCGACAGAACGGUGCAGCGCACUUUGAAAGCUAUGGCUACUUUCUCGAUGCCGACAAGGAUCGGUUCCUCGGUAGUCAGCUGCAUCUGGUGAAGAGCACGAAGGAAGCGACCGAUCUGUUGGCGGUUUUGACUCCCGUUCUGAAAACGGCGUCUAAUCUCGACGGGCUCACAGGAACUGUACAGACCUGUUGCCACCAGUUGAUCGAGUACAUCGUCUCCCGAGGUAACGAGCAGCUGGAACUGAAGAGCGUCUUUCGGAAGCACAUCAUGAACGUACACGCUAGCUGUACCUUCGGCAGGCAGCUGAACACGUUCGAUACGGAUGACUUCAGCAACGCGGACAACUUCCUGAGCGUGGCAAACAGUCUGGCUUACGGUACCAACCCGGUACAGACGGUGAAAACGAUGGCUUUCUAUCUACUGCCCGGGCUGAUGCGUUCGGCUGGCGUACAGCUGAUGGAACGGCAGGACAUUGAAAUCCUUCGUAAACAGUUCCAGCAAGCCAUCUCAGCAAACAAUGCGACCACGAUUGCUCGGUUGCUAAGCGAUAGGAACGCGAAAGCAGACAAUCAACUUAGUGACGAGCAGCUUACCGCCCAGUGUGUGACCUUUUUCACGAAAGGCUUCGAAUCGGCCGUAACAUUACUUUCCUUCGCGCUGUACGAGCUGGCGCGAGACGACCCGAUCCAGUCUGCGUUACAGCAAGAGCUGGAACGUGUACCGGCAAAGGCGGGAUACGAUUCGCUUCGUUCACUGCCAUUGCUCGAUGCAGUUGUCCAGGAAACGCUUCGAAAGUGGCCACCCACUCCGUUGCUGGUGCGUGAAUGUACCAAACCGUACCUGGUAGCGGCUUCGGCUAAUGGUGAACGACCUGCCAUACCGCUGAGGGUCGGUGAUAAGCUAUAUGUUUCCGUGUGGUCACUGCACCGCAAUGCUGACCAUUUUCCCGAUCCAGAGCGCUUCGAUCCUGAGCGGUUUAUGGAGGGAAGCGGUGAAACCGCGACACUGAAGGUAGCGAACAGCGAACAACUGUACAUUCCAUUCGGUAUUGGAAGGGGCUGUGUUGGGCAAGAGUUUGUGAGGAUGGUGGUGAAGAUGACGCUGGUGGCGUUACUGGUACGAUUCAAGGUCACUCCCGGCGAUCGGACAGAGGAACCGCUCAAGUUGAUCGAAUCACCCGACUCGCUGGAGGCGCGUGAUGGCCUGUGGAUCAAUUUCAACGAGCGAAAGCGUCUCGCCAAGUAAAGUAGCGCGUUUGCGAUGCGAUGCCAAUAGUAUUAGAAACUUAUUCUUUGGUAGAUUACCUAGAUAAUUAAUAGAAAAACGACGAAACAAAUUUCCCUUUAUCAAGAGUAAAGAAUAGUGGCGUUAAAGAAGACUGAAGCAUAAAGAGUUAACUUUCGCCCCAAAGAUUCCGGUCCCACGAAACGGCGAAACGACAUUGCACAUGCGAUCUGCAGCCUUAGGUAAUAAAUCGAAGUCAAGCUCGUAAGGUAAAUUGAUUAU